UAUAUAAACACACACAUAUCUCCUGUGUUGCUGUGGAAACCGACCGUAUUGUCCGCCAUUGACUGACCUGCAAGUCACCCGGCUCCAACACUCGGCCGGACCGGCGGCAAGCUAAGCCGCCAGCGGGGAAACACAUUUUACCAUUUCAUUUCAUAUCACAAGAAGAUUUUCUCAAGAUAUGAUUAUUUGUUGCCAUUUAAACCACAAUUAAAUAAGUCAAUUUACACAGAUUGAGAAGAUAUGUAAUGUCUCAGUUACUCUGCAUUUUCCUGCUUUAAUUCGUUUUCUAUGUCGUUCAUGUUUUCCAUGUUUUCCAUGACACAAAACAUGGCUGGCCGUACUUCUUGUAAAAAUAUCUCGUUUGCGUGAUUUCGAGCAUUAAUCACAGAGAUGCUGCUCUGCAUUUUCCUAUCUCUCACGGAAAGAUUUUCUCUUCAACGUGUGUAUUUAUAUUCGGCACUGCAUGUUAGCUGGGAAGGACUUGCAUUUGAGUGUUUUCGCACCGGGUGUUUCAGGCAGCAGAGGGGUUUGCUGAGAAAUCGGACAUUUUCAAUUUUCCACAAAAAUUUAAUCUGCUAGAGGGAGACACCAGAGGGUUAUAUAUAGAAGAGGAAAGGGAUUCAAUGAAACAGGGAAGUGGAAAGAGAGUUAGUUUGUGAAUUGAAGGGACUCAAGGAUGAAGUUUGGAAGGGGAUUUUCGGUUCCCCAAGAUGACGAUCUACGGUUCAUGGAUCCAUGGGUACCCAUGACUCCAGAGAAGCUGACUCUGGCAAAGGGUCAUCCAAUACCAGUCGACCACCGCGGGAACCUCCUGCAAGGAGCAAACUGGCAGCAACAACUGACUGGAAUUUCAAGGGAACAUGUACCGGUCAUUGCCAACUACAAUGGCAUGAACCAAGAUGUUAGCCCAAAUGGACAGCUAAUUAGAAAUGGAGGGCAAUAUAGUUAUGAUGGAAGUCUGGCUGAGGAAAAUCUGAUGAUCAAUCACUUUGCAGGCUCCUACAAUGCAGGCUCAUUCACGCAGUUGGUGCACGGUGACUUCUUGUGUUGGAACAAGAAUCCAAUGACACAACUGCUGCAUGAUAAGGCAGCUUAUGUUGCUUCCGCAAACAUGAAUCUGGGCAGAAGCAUGGACACAGCAGCAAACACGCCGCUAAUUCCCAAGUUGCAUCCUCAAUUGGGAAAUCAAGGACACAACUUGGGAAGUUACUUGCUGACCAAGCAAAAUUGCAGCACUUCAUAUCCUUCAAGUAACAUGAUGAGCAGGUCCUUGGUUAAGGAUUUUCCAUCCCCAGUUGACAACAGUCGGCGAGAUUCCAACUCAUUCCAUUGGUUAUUUGGAAACCAAAAUUACUGCUCAAGUUUGAGCUCAAACCUGUUGAGUAAUGGUGACAGUUCAUCCCAGAUAAGUCAACGUGAGUAUUUCAACUCGGUUCUGAUAUUUAUUUAUUCUGCUCUAAUUUGAUUUCCUUGAUAGAAAGAAAUGAAAAACUUUGAACAAGAAAAACUGAGAAGAAACUAAUACAG